ACUACAUAUCCCGUCAUGCCCCUCUCCACCCGAACGGAAGUAGCAAUGUUGGUCCUGUCGCACUCUGUUGGACAAACAGAAAAACAGCAGCUGAAAACAGAAGUGAUUCUCCAGCCUUAUGGACUCCCUGUCUACCCACAGACAACCACAUGCUACCCCAGCAUAGUUCAGGGGGGCCCCACUCAGGAGGCCGGCCCUGGCAGUGGCGACCCUGCCCUGUCUCAGGUCUACGCCCCACCUCCCUCCUACCCACCGCCAGGUCAAGGUCCGCCAACAUCUGCAGGCAGACUGCCACCUCUGGAUUUCAGCUCUGCACAUGCCAGUUCAGAGUACCCUGAACAUCCCCAGCUGAGAGUGUACCAGGGCCCUCAGCUGGACGGGGCGGAGGCUCUGACAUCCAGUAACACGGAGGACGCCUUGGCCCCUGUGACCUCUGACCCCCAGUCUCUGAGCGUGUCUGUGUCAUCAGCGGGCGGAGCAGGGAGUGGAAGUGAUGAGGAGGGGUCAGGUAAGGCCCAGCCAAAACGCCUCCACGUCUCCAACAUCCCGUUCCGCUUCAGAGACCCAGACCUCCGCCAGAUGUUUGGGCAAUUUGGCAAGAUCCUUGAUGUAGAAAUUAUCUUCAACGAGAGGGGAUCAAAGGGCUUCGGCUUUGUCACAUUUGAGAGUGCAACUGAGGCUGACCGGGCGAGAGAAAAGCUAAAUGGAACAAUCGUUGAAGGCCGAAAGAUCGAGGUUAACAACGCCACUGCCAGAGUGGUGACGAAGAAGCCUCAGACGCCUCUUGUGAAUGGUGAUAUCUCAACCUCCGGAUGGAAGAUCAACCCUGUCAUGGGAGCGAUGUACGCACCUGAACUCUACACAGUUGCCAGUUUCCCGUAUCCCGUAGCAACCCCCACCUUGGCCUACAGAGGCUCUGCGCUGCGCGGUCGAGGACGAGCUGUCUACAACACCAUUCGCUCUGCUGCAACCACACCUGCUGCUGUACCCGCCUACCCCGGUGUGGUCUAUCAGGACGGUCUGUACGGAACAGAGGUCUAUGGAGGGUAUCCUGCAGCUUACAGAGUGGCUCAAUCAGCGUCUGCUGCCACAGCGACCUACAGUGAUGGAUACGGACGGGUUUACGCCACAGCUGCAGAUCCCUACCACCACUCGGUUGGGCCAACAACAACAUAUGGCGUUGGUACAAUGGCCAGUUUGUACAGAGGAGGAUAUAAUCGCUUCACCCCGUACUGAGACGCCCACCUGGCCGCCCGCCUGGCCGGAGGGCGGCGAAGGUAAAAAACGUCUCUGUUGAACCGGGGGACUGGCCGAUCCAUGGACGCUGCAGGACAGAUGAUGAGAUCCUCAAAGUUUGGAAAUGUGGUUUUACCUCCUGUCUCCAUCACAAACUCUCCCUGAGAGACUAAACAGACUGAAGUUGUAAAUACUGUAGGACCCAUUCACCGCCCGUUCUACUGACAAAUACGAUGUUAUCUAAUUUAUACAGAGUUGCUUAAUUUUUUUUUCUGGAUUUGAAGAGUGCUGAUGUAGCUCAAACUACAGAGGGUGAAAAACACUGUGAGGAUGAACUCUGAGAUUUUUCACGGGUCAAACUGUACAAAAAACAAAGAACAUUUUGUACAAUGUGAAACGACUUAUUUUUGAUGAUUAAUAUUUUACAAAAUCUCUGUUGGGGUGUGUGUGUGUGUGUGUGUGUGUGUGUGUGUGUGUGUGUGUGUGUGUGUGUGCGUGUGUGUGUGAGUGUGUGUGUGUGUGAGUGUGUGUGAGCAUAUGAGUGAGGUUAUUGUUCAGUUACCCUCCAGUGGACUGGGAGACAGCUGUGAACACUGGUAUCAAACACAGAACUAAUGUUUGUCUGGACGUAGUUGGACUUUCACUUGAUUUUUGUUCUAUUUUGCUUUCUAACAAUCUACCUCUCAUACAUUUUUAGCUUUUCACUGCAGCUGUCUAUAUUAAUCUUUUCCAUCUCUGUGAGCUUUUCUUUUUCUGUCCAUAAAUCCUGACUAACAUCUGUGUCUGCGGCUCUGCUCCUCACCGCCUGAUGAGCCUUAUGAUGAUGAUGAUGAUGAUGAUGAUGAUGAUUCUCCAGGGGAAGUUUCCUUCCUUUUCCUUUUUCUGAGCUGUUUUACAUUCGCAGCAGUCUCUCGCUGUUGGCUCUUUCUACACACGCUGAGGAUUAAAUGCGUUGCUCAUCUUAUGUCAUAGAACUGCCCACCGUGUUCAGGUCUGUUCUGUUCCAGUCAAACUGUCAUCUGUUGUUGCCUUAUUUCUCUCUUUGCCCUCAUCUCUUCCUCACUCAGAGCUGUUGAAUGCCUUUCUCGACUUGUAUUGAUUAUUUCUUCUGAGUCUUUGUUUCCGUUGCACUCUUUUCUGCUGUGUUUGUUGUUUACCUCUAAAUAAAACUUGUUUUCUCUCUCUUCU